AUGCAGUCCGAUCAAGACCUGAAUGGCGACAGCAGCGGCGGCACGUCGAGAGCCUCCAACGUACCAGCUGCAAGUCGCACAUCAGGCAGAACCCCGGGUCGAGUGUCCAACUCUGGCUUCUCAGCUCCUGUUUGCCAUGCCGUUUCUUCGAUGCUCCACACUGAGACGGAAACAGGCAGUGUGGGCAACGUCCCCAUUGACGGCUUGUCUGACAUUGACAACACCCACCGCCAGACACAGCGGCAUCGUGAGUCUAGCAAGAUGUUGACAACUUUACCAAGUUCCAACACCUCUGGCAUACACAGUGGGCAGUCUCACAGGUAUUCCUCGUCGUCUUCCAUACCGCGAUACCCAACCGCAUCGAACCGUUCGCAGUAUGGCACGAACGCUAUACUUUCAACCAUGCUGAUGCAUUCAGUGUCAUCGCCGCAAGGUACACUGAGAGACCGACACCAAGACCAGCAACGUUCGCAAUCGAUGGCACAUGGCAUGCAGCCUCACAGUGGCUUUUCGAGUGACCCGCCUCUUACAAGUCCGCCCCGCGUUUAUAUCCCGCAAUCCCAGAACUCAUACACACACGUAGUAGGUUCAUACAGACCAGAAUCCAGGCCCGUAUCUAGCCGCUCAGCGAACUUGGGCGUUGGUUUUGAUGCUCCGUCAUUCGACUUGAAUUCGCCUUAGAGCCCUCAAUACGUCACCCCCACUAGAGCAUCCAAUAAAUAGAGCUAGUACAAAGGUUGUCGGGCCCACCGGUAUGAGUCGUGCAAAGACUAUGAUUUCGAAGAAGAAGGCCCCAGUACGGUACUACGACUACAGUGAGCAGUUUCAUCGCGAUGAGUACGUUGAGUCAGAUGCCAGGUCUACCAUUUCCAGUGGUGUACAUCAGGCCCAUGCUAUCCCUGAAGAACAUAGUUCAACUGGAGAGCAGGAAGAUCAAUCAAUACUAACCGUAGUCGCAUCUUGAGAAACAAGAAACACAUCAGAGCCUACAGAUGUCGCGACAAGUAGAGACGAUCGAAACGAGACGUAUACGUCCGAGACAUCGAACAUCGAAGACCUACCAGCUUCACCUGUAGCCCCGCGCGUUACGAACGAUCCGAAGAAACAAGGAGUGGGGAUUUUGACAAGAGGCGAUACCAAGAGUUUGAUUGAGUCCAUGGACAU